AUGGAACCUACGGAGAGAAGCGAAUAUGUCAAGAAUAACAACUUAUGUUACAACUGUCUAGUACCAGGGCAUUCAGCAUCAAAAUGUCGAGUACCUGUGUCCUGUAGAAUAUGUCACCGACGUCAUCACUCCCUUCUACAUCAACUAAAGCAGACUGAGCCUGUGGCCCCUACGAGUCCCUCACAACCACUGGCUUCAUCAUUACAUGUUGUAGAAGACAUAGAAGAAGUACAAGCAAACACAGUGAUCGCGUUACAUCUCACUACUAGACAGAAAUCAGCACUACUAGCGACUGCUGUGGUGGAAGCAAGAAGCAACCAAGGUCACAUCAUUCCACUGCGCGCGCUAAUAGACCAAGGUUCCGAAGAAUCAUUUAUAAGCGAGAAAGCGGCUCAACUGCUCAAGCUUGACCGACAACAUGUAAGGGGUAGCAUCACGGGCUUGGGUCCUAUGAGAACAGAAAUCAACCACGUCUGUGAGCUACAAAUAAAAUCACAGUGGGAUAAAACAUUUGUCCUACCGGUCAAAGCUUAUGUAAUGUCGAAACAGCUGACCAAGAAGUUACCCAAGAAGCAUAUUGUUCAACAACCAUGGCCUCAUUUACAAGGAUUACAGCUAGCAGAUCCUAAUUACAACAACUCGGGACCCAUAGAUCUCUUGCUAGGGGUCCGAGUAUAUGCUAGAAUACUGCAAGCAGAACUAGUCAAAGGUCCACCAGGUACACCAUGCGCACAAAGAACUGACCUGGGCUGGAUUCUUUUUGGAGAGAGUGAUAGCACAUCACAAGAAGAUUCUUACAUCGUCAUGCACCAUCAGGUCGAUAUAGAAGACACACUGAAAUCUCUAUGGGAAAUAGAAACAGACACUAAGAGAAAAUACACCAAGGAAGAACAAUGUGAAGAAAUCUAUGAAAUAACAGUCACUCGAAACCAAGAAGGAAGAUACAUUAUGAAGCUUCCAUUUAAGACUGAGAAUCCAAGAGUACUUGAUGGAAAUACAAAAGAGAUAGCUAAAAGGAGAUUCAUGCAAUUGGAAAGAAAGUUUAAGCGUUCGCCGAACCUGAAAACAGAAUACAUAAAGGGUAUUAAUGAUUACCUGGAUGAGGGACAUCUAGAAGAAGUACCAACUACAAGCAUGUUCGCAUGGACCGACUCUUCGAUAGUGAUCGCUUGGCUUUGUGGAGAACCCAAUAGAUGGAAACCGUUUGUAGCCAACCGCGUCGUAGAAAUUGUUGAGAACUUAAACAACAAACACUGGUAUCAUGUGCAAUCUAAAGAUAACCCUGCAGAUAUCGCUUCAAGAGGAAUGAAACUGUCCACACUUAAGAACUAUGAUCUGUGGUGGCACGGCCCGAGCUGGUUAUCUGAAAAAGAAAUAAAUAUUAGUAAACAAGAGGAUUUUACAACAGAUGAAGAAAUAAAAGUACAAAAAAUUCAAACUUACCUGAAUAUUGAGGACCUGGAAAAACAAGAAAAGACAUUGACUACACAAUUUGGAGAUUUUGAUAAAUUAACUGAACUACUUAAAAGUAUUGUCUAUUGCCGAAGAUUCCUAAACUACAAGAAAAAUCCAGAUGGCAUUGACAAAGAUAUAACUACAAUGGAAUUACAAAACGCCAUGAAUAUUUGCAUAAAAAUGGCACAGCAAGAAGAAUAUCAAGAAGAAAUAGAACGGUUGAUAUCAAAUAAACAAGUCAAAAGAAAGAGCUGCUUACGAUCCCUCGCCCCAUACGUAGAUGAAAACAAAUUCCUCAGGGUGGGCGGUCGCCUCAGAUAUGCAAAUAUAGAUGAGAACAGAAAGCAUCCAAUCAUUCUGGGAAACAAGAACUCGUUAGUACCACUAAUAAUUGCUGACGCACAUACGAGAACGCUUCAUGGCACUAUGGCUGAAAUGCUAUGCUACUUACGUUCUAAAUACUGGAUAUUACGAGCAAAGUCCUUAGUCAAGAGACACAUACAGAAAUGCCUUACUUGUGCAAAACAAAAUGCUACGUCGAAACCUCAAAUCAUGGGAGAUUUACCGGAGACGAGAGUCACUCCUUCGAGGUCAUUUCUACACAGUGGAGUAGACUUUGCAGGGCCAUACCAGAUAUUGACGUCUAAAGGCAGAGGAGGAAAAACUGUGAAAGCAUACAUUGCUAUUUUUAUUUGUAUGGCCGUCAAAGCAAUUCACAUUGAACUAGUUGGAGACCUUACUUCAGAAGCGUUCAUAGCAGCAUUCAAACGCUUCGUCGCUAGAAGAGGAAAAUGUACUCACAUGUGGAGCGACCAGGGUAGAAACUUUGUAGGUGCUAACAAAGAACUGUAG